ACACACACACACAUACUCUCGCACACAGAGACAGGAGACAAACAAACACAAAUAGACUCAUAACUCUAACUUUGGCAGAAUGGGAAAGAUUUACCAGGUAAUUGUGAAUGGACUAAGAGGGGAGAAAAUAGCUGUUGAUCUGGGACAUUCAGUGGAGGAUCUGAACUCAACAACAGUUCUGCAACUCAAGAAGAAGAUUGCUGAAAAACUACCAGGCGAUUCAGGGGACAACGUGGAGGGGCUGAGGCUGAUUUUCACAGACAAGCAGCUGGAGGAUGACUGCAAGCUCUCUCAGUACGGGAUCCAGGACAAGUCCGUGAUCCAGCUGGUGCUGCGGUUGCCAGGGGGACAGAGGGCCUGGCUCUGAUCCAGAACGAUCCCACAGAACCUUGUUCUCUUCUGGUGAACUUUGCUCUGGAUAUGAGAGUCUAUUAAAUGAAUGUAAUGUAAUGUA